AUUUGGGUUCAGGAAAAGAGGAUCGGUGAUAAGAUGACACUUUCAGGCUUGAUGUUAUGGGUAUUAACUCUGGCGACAUUUUUCGUAUUCACAAUUCAGGCUCAAUAUGGAGACACAAGAUGUAAGUGCGUAUGCCCAGCUCAGAAUGAUGGAAACAGCACUGCUAGACUCAAGAAAGUCUUUGUGAAGGACCUUCCUGCUAAUGAAUGUAAGUGUGAUAUGGUGGUAAGUCCUCUGCCAGUGGACACACCAGGCUUCUGUCUGUCCUGUGAGUGCAACUAUGAAUAUCGAAAUACAACAACUAUCAAGGUUGUUGUGAUCUUCAUCAUCUGCGUGGUGUCCCUCCUCUUUGUCUACAUGCUGUUCAUGCUCGGCCUGGACCCCUUCCUUGUUCAGCGACGCAACAAAUAUCACGAACAAAUGAACGAGGAGGACGACCAGACAGUGACUCAGGUUCCCAUUGAGCCACGACACCCUGACAGACUUCCCCGUCAGCGCUCCAUCAUCCACCGCGUCACCGAUGAACAGAAAAAGUGGAAGGGUGUUGUACAAGCCCAGCGACAGAGUGUCUACGACAGCCACUCCAUGCUAAACUGAAUUGUCUCCCUUCAGAGUACUCUCACUUUGCUCCUUGAUGGGUGGCCUUAUGCAUGAAGUUAAGCAUCAGAUGAUGAAAGGUCAGGAUCAGUGAAACUGUAAAUCCCUUUUGAGAUACGCAUAUACCAGCGUAUAACAUCUGUGUUAUAUAGUUCACAGUAUUACUGUAGUAAUUACCCGUGAUAAUCCUUUGACAUCCUAACCAAUAUUAGAACAUUGUAUAAGCCAGUCAUGGUACUACGUAGGAACCUACUGCUCUUCUGUGUUAUUGAGUGUUGAAGGGAAUCUAUGGUGUAAAACAGGAAACUAUAUUUGGUGGACUUCUGCUGCGUUCAUAAUCUUGGGAGAAUCAGGGUGAUGGCAGAUUUUCAGAAUGUCCUAGAUCAUGGAUCUGAUAGCCUAGAGUAUGUUGCAAUCCAGUCUGAUUAAUCUGGUGCCAGCCCGUUAGCAUAUUUUAUAAAGGUCCCAAAGUUUGAAAAAUACACAUAAAUGUUAAAACAUAAAUUUACUUUGCAUAAUGAAGGAGUUCAAAUUUAUCAUUUUACGACAUACACAACAAAUAUGUCUGACACUUUGGUAAUAUUAUUUCUUUUAUAUAAGCCCUUAUAAAUGUCAAUUUCAAAUAUCAGUAGGUACAAAAUUACAAUUUAGAAGUUACUUUGGACUGAUUAACAGCAAAAUUAUGUUGUAGAUUUGUAUCAUGCAGAGUGCAAUUGAUCCAUCUCUUUUGGCUCCAUGGUGCCUGUUAGAUCUGAAAAUGAACAUUCAUUGAACAACAUUUUGCCAGAUCAGGAGAUGUUGAUUUUACUGUACAGCUUGCAAGCUGUUGGUAACUGGUCCUGGGAAAUUGGGGAUAGGCAAAAGCAUCAGCGGACAGAAGCCCAGCCCCGUUGUCAACAUUAGUAGUAUGUAAUCAGACUUUUCCCCUGCAGCGCUCUUCAGAUUUCAAAUAUUGUCAUGUUCCAAACUUGCUAUAGCAAAAAUAUUUAUUGUUUGUACAUGAAAGGGUUUGAUUACCAUGUAUAGAGCUGUUGUCAAGGGAAUUAUUGCUUAUACAGGAGACACUGUGAUGGUGGAAAUAUAUCCGCUUAGUCACAUCAAAUUAUAUUUACUGGAGGCAGAAGUGUUGAAUAAUACCUUGAUAUCAAACAAGGGCAGUUUGUGCCAUAGUUUUGCCAACUGGAUUGCAGUAGUUUUGAAAAUGCCAAGUUGUACAUAACGGCUAAGUGAAAUACCUAUAAACUUUUUUUUUUAUACUUUUGUGGGUUAAAUUAGAUGAUUAGGUCCACGGGGUUAUGUCCAGCGGGGCUUUUGUCCCAGAUUGUGGUAAAUGUGGGGCCUGUAGCAUAUACAUGUACUAGCAUUUGCUACUGGGUUAAUUCGUCACUGGUUUCACUAUUGACUGACGAGUGUUUUAUUGUGAUAAGUGUCAUGUACAAUAUACUUGUGCCUCAUGUAUGUUACAUAGAUUGAUGGACUAUUACAAAUUAUGCCACUAUACACUUAUCAUAUAUACUGACCUUAUAUAACGUAAGAUAUUUUAACAUGACUAUGUAGAUUGUCAUUGUGAGUGAUUUCCCCUCUGACAGAUUGAUGAAAGCUCAUCUUUGUUCUGUCCACACAACCAAGAACAAGACUUUAUAGAUACCUGUACAUACUGUAGAAAGAAAUACUAACUCAAAAGUGAACCAGAUGAAGUAUAAUAUGCUGUGUAGAAAUACAUGCACCUCAUCUUGUGCAAUAUUUACAGUGAAAUAUUAUAUAGAUAGGAGUACAUACGAAUGUUAAUCUGUGUGAUUGGUUCUUGGUGUGGACGAUUUAUGCUUUGUGUAUUUCUGGUGAAUUAUUAAAAGAAAAAUUCCAUGUUUUAUUUAGUCAGAUCAAACUGUACCUUUAACAUUUCACAUGUUUUGUGGCAGCAGCACUUUUGGCACUAGUUUUGUUGGCACUGGUUAAAACUGGUUAAUUGUGUUCCUGGGCCAGUCUUGGGGCAGGUAAUGUACAAAGAGAAAUCCUGUGUUUAACCUUAAAUUUAGAUUUUUUCAAAUGACACUUUUGCCUUGAUUCUGAUCUUAAUGGCACUUAAGAUUUUUUUGUGAAGUUUGAUUAAUUUCUUAUUAGAAUGACUUAGAAGUUGGAUUUGUGGUAUCCUAAAAAGUACAGCAUGUAUUGAGCUCAGUUUCUGCACACAUUUAAAGCACAAUAAUACGAGGGGAUGUUGCAUUGUUGAUUCGCUGCGUGUAUAUUAAAUUCCAUAAAUGACCAAACUCAUGACGCAGUGUAUUGUGUAGUUAUGUUAGGUAAAUACUAUGGAUGGUAUCUCACAAAGCACUGCAUGUAUUGAGCUGAAGUGUUACAUGCUAUAAAUCACAAUGACGUGAGUGGGAGGUUCCAUCACCAAUGCUCUGUGUGGAUAUCAAUAACUGUAAAUUACCAAAUUCACGACUCCAGUACUUUAAGUAUUUAGCCUCAUGAAGUUUUGCAUCCAUGUGUCUCUUACAUGUGAGAUCUUUGGUAGUCUUGCUACCAAAUCUAAGCUCUAAACUCGGGUGAAGUACACUAUUAAAGUAUUUCCGUUGACUGUAAAUCCUUGACCUAGUCAGCCAGCAAGCGUCAAGCCAGAGCUGUGUGCCAGACAAGGAAGUUUGCCACUUUUAUGUCAAAUGAUCAAAAGUUAAAACUGUACAGCCAUGGUGGGGUGGGCAAUUGUUUUCUCACCUCGAACAAUGGCUAGUCAAACAUCGCCACAGGAGUAGUCUGUAGUAGUCUGGUGGAUACAGGCUUGAAGAAUUUCAGACAGCACUUUUGUUUUUAUCCAUGAAUUAAAUUGGAGAAAGUAUUGAGCCACAGUUGUUCACAAAAAAACACAGGUGUGGCUGUAAAUUCCGAAACUGUCUCAAAGCAUGUUCUUGUCAAACUUUUAAAUACCAUCAAGUGUCAGAUCUUUGGAUUGUCAUCACAGCCAUUGACAUUUUUGCUACAGUAGAUUACAACAGAUAAAACCAUUCUCUCGUUUCAUUUAUGAAUGUACACCUUGUAUUGUGGGUUACAGGAACAAUAAGGAAUAGACUGUAGGUGUGUAAAACCUAUUUACAUCAUUGAUUGUUUGUUACAGGACAUUAUUGGUAAAAAGCAGAGCUCACGCCUCUAUGUUAGGGAAGGAGUUCUUUUAAGUUUGUACACAAUUUGUCAAUAAAUGGCAAGUUAAUAAUAAGCAUUGACAUCUGAGAUCAGAUACAAGUAAAAAUUCAGUUUAGAAAAUAAAACUUCAGGAUUAUCAGUGUUAAGUUAAAUUUUUCACCUUUUUUUAUUGAUUUAAAGUUAGCUUCUUAAAAUCAUAGUAAAAACUUGACAGUGAUUUUUCUUUGCUGAAUUGAGUUAGUGCUGAU